AUGGGUUUUGGGUCUAAUUUGAUUUUGGUAUUCGUUGGAUUGAUUUUUGUGGGUUCAAGAUUAAUCCAUGGUUUUGGGACCUUUGGAUUCGAUAUACAUCAUCGAUACUCUGAUCCAGUGAAGGGUAUUUUGGAUAUUGAUGAUCAUCACCUACCUCAGAUGGGUUCAGUCGAUUAUUACUCAGCUAUGGCCCACCGUGACCGUCUCUUCCAUCGCCGCCGUCUCGCCGGCGACGCUACCGUCGAAUCCUCUCUAGCGUUUGUUGACGGCAAUGAAACUUAUCAGCUUCCUUCUCUCGGAUUCUUGCAUUAUGCAAACGUAUCUGUUGGAACUCCAAGUUUAUGGUUUCUCGUCGCACUCGACACAGGAAGCGACUUGUUUUGGAUACCUUGUGAUUGUCGAAGCUGUGUCAAAGGAUUAGUCACAAGAUCAGGAAGACUUGAUUUCAAUAUAUACAGCCCAAAUACGUCUUCAACAAGUACAAGAGUUCCUUGUGAUAGUAGUUCGUGUAGAUUAAGAAAACAAUGUUCAGCAAGACCCGAAAUUUGUCCAUAUCAAGUCAAUUAUCUUUCAAGUAACACUUCAUCAACUGGAAUCUUGAUAGAAGACACUUUACAUUUAACAACAGAAGACACUUCAUUGAAAGCCGUUGAUGCAAAGAUCAAGUUUGGGUGUGGAAUGAUCCAAACGGGGUCAUUUUUAGAUGGGGCAGCUCCAAAUGGGCUAUUUGGGCUUGGAAUGGAGAACAUGUCGGUUCCUAGUAUUUUAGCAAGUAAUGGUCUUACUGCUAAUUCAUUCUCUAUGUGUUUUGGUUCUGAUGGAGCUGGAAGAAUUAAUUUUGGAGAUAAAGGAAGUUUGGAUCAAGGAGAAACACCAUUGAAUCUUGAUACACCUCAUCGAACGUAUAACAUUAGCAUGACACAAACAGUCGUGGGAGACAAUGUUACAAAUGUUGAUUUCAACGCGAUAUUCGACACUGGCACUUCAUUCACUUAUUUGAAUGAUCCCGCAUACUCGAUUAUUAGUGAAAGCUUUGCUUCACAAACAGAAGAGACUCGGAGUCAACCAAGUGACCUUCCUUUCGAGUAUUGCUACGACAUAAGUCCGGGGCAACAGACGUUUGAAGCGCCACCGUUGAAUCUAACAAUGAAAGGAGGAGACCUGUUUUCCAUCACCAAUCCAUUCGUUAAUGUUCCUCUUGAAGAUGGUGGAUCCGUGCUUUGUUUGGGUAUCGUGAAAAGCGACGACAUAAAUAUCAUUGGACAAAACUUUAUGACGGGGUAUCGAGUAGUAUUCGAUCGCGAGAAGAAUAUUUUGGGUUGGAAACCUUCUAAUUGUUACAAUGCUAUAGAAUCAAAUACAUUACCAAUAAGUCCACGGGCCUCACCCAAGGGUUCACCGUCUAUGUCUGUGGGACCCGAGGCCACGGCUAGGAACGGUUCACCGAGCUCGAGUCAGAUGCAGCCAGGAAAUGGCGCAUAUGGGUUGAUGACAUCAUCAGUUACAUUGGUAUAUCAUGCUAUGUAUAUCAUGCUAUGA